AAAUAAAUAUAAGGGCGGCCAUCUUUGUUUCUCUGCCUUGUAGUGUAAAAUAUUCCAAAACGCCCCCCCACUUUUGUGUGUCGAUUUGAAUAUUAAAUAAAUAUCAUAAUUCAGAAGGAAUACACUUUUAGAUCUCGCGGAACGGGGUCAGUGACGGGAAUAUCAUGUCCUCUCUUCUCCGUUCUUGUGAGGAAGAUGAGGGCACGGCAGUUAAUUCCGAGGGAGGAGAUUUUGAUGAAGAAGAAGACGACGGAGACCUGGACGAGAACGCAAGCGACAUAAACUCGCCGGCGGCGCCUAGAGAAACUGCAGCAAGAGCCGCGCCAGAUGAUGGACACAAUGUCGGCAAGAUAUCGGACAGAGACAGCCUGGGGAAAAAGAAACGAGGCCCAAAGAAAAAGAAAGAGCCAAAGAAAAAAGACAAGGACAAGGAGGGGAAGAUGCCCAAAGCACGCAAGCGCAAAAAAUUAGACAGUGACGUAGAGAGAGACUCAGACUAUGGCGUGAACUCUGACAGUGCUGCCAGUGAUUAUGGAGGAGAGAAGAAAAAGAAGAAAAAACACAAGGAUAAAAAAGAAAAGAAAACCAAGAAAAAGAAGAAAGAUGAUGAAGACAGCACACACAAGGAGACAAAGUCUCUAUUCCAGCCAGUAGAGUUGAAGACGUCGGCCCAGCUAGCUAAAGACUGGGGUUUAGAGGAUGUUGAUCACACAUUCACCGAGGAGGAUUACCACACACUAACCAACUACAAAGCCUUCAGCCAGUUCAUGAGACCCAUGAUUGCUAAGAAGAACCCUAAAAUCCCCAUGUCUAAGAUGAUGACCAUUCUGGGUGCUAAAUGGCGGGAGUUCAGCUCUAAUAAUCCAUUCAAAGGUUCGGCAGCAGCGGUUGCUGCUGCAGCUGCUGCCGCCGCGGCUGCCGUUGCCGAGCAGGUCUCUGCUGCAACAGCAUCCCCUGAACCUCCUCCUCAGCCACCACCACUUCGCAAGGCCAAAACCAAAGAGGGGAAAGGUCCUGGCUACAAGAAACGCAGUAAGAGUCCUCGCGUCUCAGACAAGAAGAAGCCGAAACCUAAGAAAAUGGCUCCACUUCGCAUCAAACUGGGAGCAAUUGGUAACAAGAGAAAGAAGAGCAGCUCGAGUGAAGAGGCAGAAGAAGACGACUCUGAGCAGGAAAACUCCAGCGUUCACAGUUCCUCAGUGCGUUCUGACAGCUCAGGACGUGUCAAAAAGAAUAAGAGGGGUCGCCCGGCGAAGAAGAAGAAAAAAGUGCUGGCCGAUGAGGAUGGUGAUGGCUAUGAGACAGACCAUCAGGACUACUGCGAGGUGUGUCAGCAGGGAGGGGAGAUCAUUCUGUGUGAUACAUGUCCUCGAGCGUACCACCUGGUGUGCCUUGAGCCUGAGCUGGAGAAAGCCCCUGAGGGCAAGUGGAGCUGCCCUCACUGUGAGAAGGAAGGGAUCCAAUGGGAAGCAAAGGAAGAAGAAUUUGAGGACUUUGAAGAGGAGUGUGAUGAUGUCCGGGAUGUGGAGUCGGGGCUGGGUGGAGAGGAAGAGGAGGAUGAUCACAUAGAGUUUUGUCGUGUGUGUAAAGAUGGAGGAGAGCUGCUGUGCUGUGACUCCUGCCCGUCGUCCUAUCACAUUCACUGCCUAAACCCCCCACUACCGGAGAUCCCUAAUGGAGAGUGGCUGUGUCCACGCUGCACUUGUCCACCGAUCAAAGGACGAGUGCAGAAGAUUCUGCACUGGCGAUGGGGUGAACCCCCACAACCAGUUCCUGUCCAUCCACCCCCAGAUGCGCCCCCUGAUGCCCCAACCCCUCCACCCAUGAAGGGCCGUCCAGAGAGAGAGUUCUUUGUGAAGCUGGCAGGACAGUCUUACUGGCACUGCACCUGGAUUACAGAGCUACAGCUGGAGAUCUUCCACUCUGUGAUGUUCCGGAACUAUCAGAGGAAAACAGACAUGGAUGAGCCGCCCAGUCUGGACUAUGGCUCUGGGGGAGAGGAGGAUUCUGGGAAGAGUGAGAAGCGGAGGGCCAAAGACCCUCAAUAUGCCAUUUUGGAGGAGAAAUAUUAUCGCUAUGGCAUCAAGCCAGAGUGGAUGGUGGUGCACAGGAUAAUCAACCACAGCGUGGAUAAAAAGGGGAUCUACCACUACCUGGUUAAAUGGCGAGAUCUGACCUAUGACCAGUGCACUUGGGAGAUGGACGAUCUGGACAUCCCAGAGUUUGCAGUGCACAAAGCUGCCUACUGGAGACACAGGGAAGAAGUGAUGAAGGAAGACCCAGAGAAGCCAAGGAAGAUGAGGAGGAGAGAGGAGAAUGAUGAAGCUCUAGGCACCCCUGUUAAUGAUCCCACAAUCAAGUAUGAGGAGCAGCCGGACUUUGUAACAGAGACUGGAGGGACACUGCACCUCUACCAGCUCGAAGGGUUGAACUGGCUACGGUUCUCCUGGGCUCAGGGAACAGACACCAUCCUGGCUGAUGAAAUGGGCUUGGGCAAGACCAUCCAGACCAUAGUCUUCCUCUACUCACUGUUUAAAGAGGGUCACACUAAAGGGCCAUUCCUGGUGAGUGCACCACUCUCUACGAUCAUUAACUGGGAGAGAGAGUUUGAGAUGUGGGCCCCCGACUUCUAUGUCGUCACCUACACCGGAGACAAGGACAGCCGCGGCAUCAUCCUUGAGAAUGAGUUCUCGUUCGACGACACAGCGGUAAAGGGAUCAAAGAAGGCCUUCAAAUUACGGAGAGAAGCUCCCAUUAAAUUCCAUGUGUUGCUGACAUCCUAUGAGCUGGUGACCAUAGACCAGAUCGUUCUUAAGUCCAUCGAAUGGGCCUGUCUGGUGGUGGAUGAAGCCCAUCGCCUCAAAAACAACCAGUCUAAGUUCUUCAGGAGACUUAAUGACUACAAGAUUGACCAUAAGCUGCUGCUAACAGGAACUCCACUACAGAACAACCUGGAGGAACUUUUCCAUCUGCUCAACUUCCUGACACCCAACCGCUUCAAUAAUCUAGAGGGUUUUCUAGAGGAGUUUGCGGAUAUCUCCAAAGAGGACCAGAUCAAGAAGCUGCAUGACUUGCUUGGGCCGCACAUGCUCCGGAGACUCAAAGCUGACGUGUUUAAGAACAUGCCGGCCAAAACUGAGCUGAUCGUCAGAGUGGAGCUCAGCCCCAUGCAGAAAAAAUACUACAAAUUCAUUCUGACUCGUAACUUUGAGGCGCUGAAUUCGAAGGGAGGAGGAAACCAGGUGUCUUUGCUCAACAUAAUGAUGGACCUGAAAAAGUGCUGCAACCACCCCUACCUCUUCCCUGUUGCUUCAGCUGAAGCUCCUAAAACACCAAGUGGAGCUUAUGAAGGUGUAGGCCUCACCAAGGCCUCUGGGAAACUCAUGCUGCUGCAGAAGAUGCUCAGAAAGCUGAAAGAACAAGGCCACAGAGUGCUGGUGUUCUCUCAGAUGACCAAGAUGCUGGAUUUGCUGGAGGAUUUCCUGGAUUAUGAGGGUUAUAAAUAUGAGCGAAUUGAUGGAGGCAUCACUGGAGCUCUCCGACAGGAAGCCAUUGACAGAUUCAAUGCUCCUGGAGCGUGUCAGUUUUGUUUUCUUCUUUCUACACGAGCGGGUGGCCUGGGCAUCAACUUGGCCACUGCAGACACAGUCAUCAUCUUUGACUCUGACUGGAAUCCUCACAAUGACAUUCAGGCCUUUAGCCGAGCUCACCGUAUUGGUCAGGCCAACAAAGUGAUGAUCUAUCGUUUUGUGACUCGGGCCUCUGUCGAGGAACGGAUCACUCAGGUGGCCAAAAGGAAGAUGAUGCUCACACAUCUGGUGGUGCGACCUGGUCUGGGUUCAAAAGCUGGAUCCAUGUCCAAACAAGAGCUGGAUGACAUCCUCAAGUUUGGCACUGAGGAGCUUUUCAAGGAUGAGAUUGAAGCAGGGGACAAUAAGGACGAAGACAGCAGCAUAAUUCACUACGACAAUGCCGCCAUCGAGCACCUGUUGGACCGCAGCCAGGACGCCACAGAUGACUCUGACAUGCAGAACAUGAACGAAUAUCUUAGCUCCUUCAAGGUGGCGCAGUAUACCGUCAAAGAGGACGACAAGAUAGAGGAGAUCGAGAGAGAGAUAAUUAAGCAGGAAGAGAACGUGGAUCCUGAUUACUGGGAGAAACUCUUGAGGCAUCACUAUGAGCAGCAGCAAGAAGAUCUGGCCCGCAAUCUCGGCAAAGGAAAGAGAGUCCGCAAACAGGUCAACUACAAUGACGCAGCCCAGGAGGACCAAGAGUGGCAUGCUGACAUUUCAGAUAACCAAUCAGAAUACUCCGUUGGCUCAGAGGAGGAAGACGAGGACUUUGAUGAGAGACCUGAGGGUCGCAGACAGUCACGCAGGCAUCUUAGAAAUGAGAAGGAUAAACCACUGCCCCCCCUGUUGGCCAGAGUGGGGGGCAACAUUGAGGUAUUGGGCUUUAAUAUGCGCCAGAGAAAGGCCUUCUUGAAUGCUGUAAUGAGGUGGGGAAUGCCUGCUCAGGACGCCUUCUCCUGCCAGUGGCUGGUGCGAGACCUUCGUGGCAAGUGUGAGAAAGAGUUCAAGGCGUAUGUGUCGCUCUUCAUGAGGCAUCUAUGUGAGCCGGUGGCUGAUGGUUCGGAGACGUUUGCUGACGGUGUUCCGCGGGAGGGUCUCUGCAGGCAGCCGGUCCUCACGCGUAUAGGGGUCAUGUCUCUGGUCAAGAAGAAGGUGCAAGAAUUUGAGCACAUUAAUGGGAAAUGGAGCAUGCCUGAACUGAAGCCAGAGAUUACCGUGGACUCCAAGAGAUCUUCAAGAGCCUCUUCUCCUGCCAUUAAGACAGACACUCCCACACCUGAACGUAGCUGUAACAACACACCCUGCACCUCCAAACCAGCCACUCCCUCUCCAACUGACAAGAUAGAAAAGAGCGGGAAAGAGGGUGAGAAGGAUGAGUGUGAGCCCCAGACAGAACCAGAAAAAGAGAGAGAGAAAGAGAAAACGAAAGAAGGAAAGGAGGGGGGGAGUGUGGAAAGCACAGAGCAUGGAGAGACCUCCACCCCAAUGAAAGAGGUUGAGAAAGAAUCCUCAACCAAUGAAAAAUCCCAGACAUCCGAAGCUCCCACAACAGUUAGUGAUGACUCCAAAACGAAAGAAAACCCUGACAUCCCUCCAUCUUCACCCAAAGAAAAAAUUGAGAAACAGAAACGAGAGGAGGAGAGCUCUGAGAAAGAGGCCUUGAAGGAAGAUUCCAUGUCUGAUUCCCCAUUCGUUAAAGAUGAGAGCAGAGAGGCUGUGAAAGGGGAGAAGGGAGAGAAAAGAGAGAAGUCUGGUGAAGAGAAGGAGAAAAGUGAUGCGACGGCUCCAACAGAAACAACAGAAAAGAUAGAGAAAACAGAUGGUCAGUCUUCUGAUGUUAAAAAAGAGGAGGUGAAGGGUGAAAAAGAUGCUGGGAAAGAGUUCAGAGAGCCAAGGGAGGAGGUACCCAAAGGUAACGGUAAACCCACAGAGCGUCCACGAUUCAUGUUCAACAUUGCAGAUGGAGGCUUCACAGCUCCAAGCAUGUUUAAAUAUCAGAAACAUUCUCAAAUUCAACACCUGUCACCUAAACAACCCUCACAUUGCAGGUUGUCAAUUUCUGAGUUACACACUCUUUGGCAGAAUGAGGAGCGGGCGGCAAUUUCAUCAGGCAAGAUCAACGAGAUCUGGCACCGGCGACACGACUUCUGGCUGUUGGCAGGCAUUGUGUGUCAUGGCUAUGCACGGUGGCAAGAUAUUCAGAAUGACCCGCAGUUUGCCGUCAUAAAUGAACCAUUCAAAACUCAAGCCAACAAAGGAAACUUCUUAGAGAUGAAGAACAAGUUCCUCGCCAGACGGUUUAAGUUGCUGGAACAGGCCCUGGUGAUAGAGGAGCAAUUGCGUCGGGCUGCGUAUCUCAACAUGACCCAGGACCCCACUCACCCAGCCAUGGCCCUGAACGCUCGUUUUGCUGAGGUGGAAUGUCUGGCCGAGUCCCACCAGCACCUCAGCAAGGAGUCACUCGCAGGAAACAAACCUGCCAAUGCCGUCUUGCAUAAGGUUCUUAACCAACUGGAGGAGCUUCUGAGUGACAUGAAGGCGGAUGUAACGCGGCUCCCAGCCACACUCUCAAGAGUCCCACCAAUCACAGCCCGUCUGCAGAUGUCAGAGAGAAGCAUCCUCAGCAGACUGGCCAACAAAGGCAACGAGACACUCACAACACCGCCUAUUCCUCCGGGUCCCUACGCCACUCCACAGAACUUUGGCCCCCCCUUCACACCUGCACCCUCAGUGGCUCUCACUCUGGCUGGGGCCAACUAUAGCCAGAUGCCCCCUGGCUCCUUCAUAUCAGUGUUGAACGGACCCCCCAUGUCAGUAAAGAAAGAGAGAGAGGCGGAGCUUCUGAUGGCUCGGAGGGAACAGCGCAGUGGGGAAGUGAUCUGCAUCGAUGACUGAAUUCAGCCCCUCCCAACACACGUAUACAGAUAGAUACACACACACGCACGCACUCACACACGCUGACUCAGUCAAAGGACAUCUGCAUGCAAACGUAAACAACUAUUCCUUUAGAACACACAUAGAUGCAAACGUGCGCUUGCAACCCAACAGAUUGAAUGAAAACAGACUACCCUCAGUAUCACGCCAGCACUUUCACAUCACCUCACGUUACAGCUACUUAUUAUUUUGCAGAGAAGGUGGUUUCCUCCUGAUCACUCACACACACACAGAUACUGUAUUUUCCUUCCUCUCAUACUAUCUAUCCAAAAUCAACCUCGCAAUUCAGGCAUCUCUAAGCAGUUCAUUCAUACUCGCAUUCAUCCAAAGCCCUGUAAUCUCGCAAGCGCCCCUUGACACAGACAUGAAACUGCAUGUAUUUGGAAAAGCAUUCGCCGAGCUUCACUUCCUCCCGCAUUGAUUUGUUUUCUGACAGCAUGCAUAUCACAGUCCAUGGUUUAGUCAAGCAAAACGCCUGUGCAUUGAGCUGUGCCUACUGUAGCAUAGUGCAGUCUUUCAAGAGAACCCUCAUCAUAAGCUAGCGUGACUGUGUCCGAGCCGCCAUGUACUGUAAAACAAGCUUCUAACCCUUGAGGUCUAUUAGCUGCAAGGAGACAUGCUUUCAGGCAUGGUGAUGAUUUGGAUUGGGAGGGCCACCUUAAUAUACACGUAAUACAUUUCAAUGAAGAGAAAAAAAAACUUUUAACAGUAUUCUGGUUUCCGAUUUUUCUCCUGUCUUUCUGGAAAAUAAUUAUAUAAAAAUAAAACUUGAGGUUAAGUUUUUAACCUUCCACGACAGUAAGGAAGUAAUGUAUUAUUAUGUUCAAUUACAUACAGUAUUGGCUGCAUUAUUGUCUUGAGAUAAAAAAGACGUGUUUGUUAUGAAGUUUAUUUAGCCUUAUAAUGGGAAAUCAAGCAUUGAUAUGUAGAGCUCCCUGCCUUUUUAAUUAUUGACCCUUAAAGUUGUGUUAAGGUGAGGUGAAGAGGUUUCCACAGCUCGAGCCUUGAAAGUUCAAAAAAUGUACAUUGGCAAGACAUCUUCGUACUUCCCUCAUAAUGUUUAUGAUUGUUACUGAAUCACGUUUGAUGGACCUACACUUUCCAAACUCCUCUUUCUUUCUCUCUGAUCACACAUAACUUUUCCAUGUCUCCGCUGCACUCCUUUCUUUUUUCACAUUUCUCCUUUUUAUGAGCUCUUUGAUAUUGUUUGCAUAUUUAAGCUCAGUUUCAUUGUGAUCUCCUGUUUUUAAUUUGAAUUGUUAUUACAACUAUGAUUAUUGUUGUUGCUCUUAAUGUUGUCCUUAAUGUUACAAUUGCAAAGCUUCUACCAAAUGAAAAGAAUAAUAAAUAGUUGAAACAUUGAUACAUUGUAUGUUUGGUCCAUGACAUUUCUCAAUUGCGGACCUCUUGUAAUAAUAUUCAGCGAAGAUGUUGAACGAAGUGUGGAAUGAUAGACAUUAUGACUAUGUAAUAAACAUCGCUGACUAUCUAGAUUUGGGGCUUGCAAAUAAAUAACCUGUAUGCAGUGGAUCACAUUUGUAACCAUACAAUUGAAAACAUAAGAAUCCAUAUAUUCAAAUCAGAAAAUGAAAUUCCUUUAGGCAUUUCCGCAAUGUUUCUUUGCGAUCUUUGGCUCCUACAAAUACACAGCCUUGUAAUGUAAUUGCCUUACAUGGUAAUACAACUGUUAAUAGUUAAUCAGCAGAUGUGAACUCUGUAUAUGGCUGCAGUUGUACUAUCCUUAGCUAGGCUUCAACUGAAUUGAAAUGUUAAGUUAUUUCCCCCUGUCCCCUCCAAAGUUCCUCUGUUGAAACUGAAAUAUUUUACAUUUCAGUGCUUGGAAUUAUUUGGGAGUGUUGUGUCAAAACAAGCACUUUCUGUCCAUUUCUCAUUUCUGACUUUCAGUAUUGUUUGUUUUCAACAAUUCUGCAUUUUGUUUGUUUCCUGCUAAGUGUCACAGUGUUUGUUGUGAUUCCAGACAUUCAGUGACAAUGUUGUAAUUGACAUUCGGCACAUUGAACGGAACAUGUUAAUAAUGCAUCUUUCUCUCUUUUGUUUUGUUUGUAAUAAAAUAAAAAUUAAAU